UCCCCGGACAUUCCACAGUAUCCUGGAGACCAAGGCGGGUGAAGCUGAGGACCUUCAGGGGAAGGUCUUCCUCCUUCGGCUGGAGGGAACAUGGCAGGGAACAGAGGAGUGACCGUGUUUGUCCUGCUGCUGUCCUGCUGGCACGAAGCCAAGCUCCAACCGAUAAACAUGACUUCAGUUACACGCAGGCCGCCAUCCCGCACGUUCUGCGACACCCGCUGUGUCGUUCCCGGGGGUCUGGUGCCCCGUCCAACCCGCCCCACCGUCCACGUAAACCUGUCCCUGCUGAGCCGGGGCGCAGGGGCGCACGAGCACCGGGCUCCGGGCCCCACACCGACCGGCUCUGGCCACUGGCCGCUGACAAAACCCCCAGGCAGAGCGGCAGUGGUGGUGACGCAGGACGGGAGCUUGUCGGGGAGCCGACCCCAGGCGGACAGCAGCCUCGCGUCUCCGUCUCCAAAGCGCUGGAAACACGGCAGCUUUCUCUGAGGACACAUGGGCCAGAGGCUGGUGGCGGCGGGCAGGUGCGGGCAGGUGCGGGGGACAGUCAGGCGGUCCUGGGGGUCAGGCCCUGGCGGGGUCCCGCCGGCUCCGGGCAGGCCUGGCCCAGGAGGGUCAAGCGCUUUGCUCCCCGCAUCUUCUGCCUGAGUGAAGAGACAAGCCGGAAAAGCUCGAGGUCAAAGCCGAGGUAGUUAAGUUCCCGUCACGCUUCCGGGGCCUUCCCGCUUCCUCGGGCACAACGAGCUCGGGCUGUCGGCCCCACGGGUCGGCCUGGCCCCCGGGAGAGACGGGGGGCGGCAGCCUUGGGCUGGUUCGCCUCAUUUGCCCCAAAUUAGCCAGAGCACAACCGCAGGGGUCGCAGUGAGCCCUUCCCGGUGGCCAGGCUGGGCACUGUGCAAAGGUGGCCAAGGAGUAGUCAGGGCAUCCCGGUAACCCGGCGCCGGCGUGUUGAAGCCCAGAGACUGGCCGUCGGGGUGGGGGGGACAACAGGCGAAACACAGCACAGCAGCCACAGUUGACGACGCACUUUAAAACCCGUGCGGAUAUCCUAAAACAUAAAUAUUUUUCUGCACGCGCUUACUGGCUGACUCGCACAAUACUUCCAUUAUAAUUACGGGACAGACACAAAAUGAAAAGAAUAUUUUUAACAAAGUGCUUGCAGACGCAGCUGUACCCAUUCUUAAUGACUCAUUAAUGCCUCAUCCAAAGAGAACUGUACUUUUGUUUGCUUCGUUUAGGGAAGGUCAGCACACUGGGAAGCGAUUGUCAUCUCAGCGCAGACCUUUUUACAUAGAUUUCCUGCAUUGUUCUAGGCCCUGCGCUGCAGAUGAGUCCAUUGGUAUGCAGAUUGUCCAUCAUUAAAACCAUUUGAAAAUCA